CUGCGCGCGCCAACAAAGGCGUUGGACGUUGAGAGCACGUGACGUGCCUCUUCGUUGGACGCGAGUACCCGCCAAAAUUCGGCGCAUGGCCGUCACCCAGAAUCCAGCGCUGGACUUUGAUACUGCUAACCCCGACUCCGACCUCGACGUCGACCUCGCCUUUGCCUCCUUCGCAGAACCAAGUCUCUAGCCACCAAGGACUAGGCAACUCUCAAAAUGGCGGCUUUUGUCAAGGCGGUGAACGCGAAGAUCAGGGCAAACCCCAUGCUCGACUAUGUGUGCUCGACUCACUUUUGGGGACCCGUGUCGAACUUUGGCAUCCCUGUUGCCGCCGUCCUAGAUACUCAGAAGAGCCCUGAUCUCAUCUCUGGCCAGAUGACGGGUGCCCUGUGCAUCUACUCUGCUACAUUCAUGCGCUACUCCCUCGCCGUGACGCCCAAGAACUACCUUCUUUUCGCCUGCCACUUCGUCAACGAGUGCGCGCAGCUCACGCAAGGAUACCGAUACCUGUCGUACCACAACUGGGGAGGAAAGGAAAAGGCGGAGCUGGAGAAGGGCCUUGAGGCGGCCAAGGACACGGCAGCCAAGGUCGAGAACCGAGCCAAGGAUGCUCUCAGCAAAUAAGCAGCCGGGAAGGUUCCGUGGAGGUUUUCAAGAGGAGUGACUGGUUUGCCGAUGGAGCGGCCGCGAGAAGGCACCCUGCUCUCGUGGCAGUUCUCAACGUCGGAUCAGGGACGCUGCACUUGGGGCAGUUCCAGAGCUGGACGACCAGUGUUGUCGAUUCCUGCGAGGCUGUGCAUGUGGGCCAGCGUCGCCAUGGGUUUAGGCCCGCGAUUGUAUCAUUACCUUCUUCCUUAUUACUCCCUGUACACCUCACCAUCAUGGUCCUGGUCGGGGACGUGCAGACGUUGAGGGCGUGGGCGGGCAUACCGUGCGGGAAGAAAAUAGAUUCGUGCAUGAUUCGCACCACUGGUCCUGUUUCCUCCACUCUGUUGGCCAAGCUUGAAGCAGCUCUCACUACUGCUUCACCGACGGGAAUAUUCACGCGCCGGGCGACCACAACAAGCGCAUGACACGCCGGCCCACACGCUUUUACCCAACCGAAUUGUCGAUCUCGCCAACCACAUCGUUAGAACGAGCUUCUCGCAAUAGGCGGCGGAGACGCUCGUACGUAAACUCGAGGGACAGCCCGGUCAUACGCCAUCGCGAUGCCGCCUUGUUGGCUUGCUAGUUCUACGUAGGUCGCGGCAGGUUCUGCUAAUGGUCCCAAAAGGAAUGACGACUUUUUCUGGGAUGGCGACGGGCUGGCUAGCCUCGGAUCGUAGAUGGAAAUCCGUUCGGAGAACGUCAGAGGCUCAGAGCCGGAACCAAACAAACACAUUUGCUGAACGCCCGCUUGCUGCGGCGGAGGCGGUCGCCAGUGCCAUGGUGUAAACAUGCUACUAGUUGUGCUGCGCGUUUAGCAUACCGUCGUUCGCACUCGGCGCAGCGCUAUCGAUUGCGACG